AUUGUAUCUUUCAUUUCUUAUUGUGGAGGGCUUCCCGCUCCUGAAGCAUCCAAUAAUCCUCUUGGAUACAAAUUUAGCUGGUCUUCACGUGGUGUACUAUUAGCAUUACGAAACUCUGCUAAAUUCUUCCUAAAUGGGGAUAUUGUGGAAAUACCUGGAACACAACUUAUGUUAUCUGCAAAACCUUAUUUUAUUUAUCCAGCAUUUGCAUUCUGGGCCUAUCCAAAUAGAGAUUCUACGCCUUUUAGAGAGUUUUACAACAUUCCCGAAGCUAAAACAGGGUUUACUUCUUUUGUCAAAGUUUUGGUUGAUAUUGGUUUAUUAGAUGAUUCUGAAAAAGAUUACCUGUCUCCUGGCGCUUCUGAGAUUGCUUGGAAUGAUGUUCUUGCCAAAACACUUGAAAUAUCCGGUAAAUCUGAGUCUGAUCUUCGUAGACAUAUUGCUCUUAGAGUUUCUCAAGUUUCUGGUGAAGAACUUGAACGAAUUUUCAAAGGCUUCAAGUGGCUAGGUCUGUUUUCUGAUGAAAAGGUUCAUCGCAAAGGUACGUUACUUGAUACCCUUUGCGCUACCCUGGAAGAAAAAAUGCAAUAUGAGGAAGGAGAGAGGGAUAUGGUCAUUCUACAACAUAAAUUUGAGAUCGAAACCAAAACUGGGGAAAUGGAAACAUGGACUUCAACCCUUCUGGAAUAUGGCAACCCUCCUGGCCCAUCUGCAAUGGCUAGAACAGUCGGAAUUCCAUGCGGAAUUGCUGCACAAUUGGUUUUAGAUGGCGUAAUUAACCAAAAAGGCAUCCUCACACCUUAUACACCAGAAAUUAAUAAUCCAAUAAUUAAAGCUUUAGAAGAAGAAGGAAUCAAAGUUAUUGAUGAAAAAUU